GUUUUUUAUCAAAUGGGUUCUUACAGCGUCCAAGAUCCAUGAGCUGCAGCCCGACCCGGCUGGCAUGGAAUUACGACCCGCUCCGAAGUCCGAGUUGGCCCUCGCGCUCUCUCUCUCUCUCUCUCACUCUCUCUGAGACACACAAAACCAUCCAUUAGGGUUUCGCUACGGUUUUGAUCCCUUGAAUAUUCGUUUUGAGUUGUGUUCUUAAACCGUUACGUUUGAAAGUUCCUUUCUUUGAUCAUACUUGAAGUACUUGGAAAUAGAAUUUAUGGAUAUGGUAGCAAUUCAAUCAUCAAAUUUGGGAUUCUCGAAUGCUCAUGGUUCUUUGAUUGGAUUUCAUUCAACAAAGCAAUGGAGUCAGAAUUUUAUGGUCGAAGUUAAUUUAAUAAAUAUCGUGGCUCUGCAACACUACAAUAGGAGGGACAAAGAUGUUUUCAGAUUCAAAUGCAUUAGUUCAGAUUCUGCAGCGAAGACAAUCACGGUGUUGCCGGACUCUACACCGAAAACUGACAAUGGAAGUGCAGGCGGCGGCGGCGGUUUCGGCGGCGAUGGGAGGUUUCCGUCCGGCGGAGGCGGCGGUGAUGGUGAAGAGAAUGAUGAGGAUGAGGAAGAGUUUGGACAGGUAAUGAAGUAUGAGGAAGUGAUGAGUGAGAUUGAAUUGCGAGGGGCUAGUCUUCCUUCUGAUAUGUUAGAGGCUGCAAAGACUAUGGGACUUCGCAGACUGGUUCUUACUCGAUACUUGGAUUUGCAGGGAUCAGUUUGGCCAUUAAGCUUUUUGGUGAGGUAUUGUGGAAUGCUUCGGAACCGAAUGCUUGCUGAUCCGAAUUUUCUUUUUAAAGUUGGAACAGAGGUAGCCAUUGAUUCUGGUUGUACAACCUUUGCUGAAUUUCAAAAAAGAGGAAAGGAUUUUUGGGCAGAAUUUGAAUUGUACACUGCAGAUCUUUUGGUUGGCAUGGUUGUUGACAUUGCUUUGGUUUCCAUGUUAGCACCGUACACUCGUAUUGGGAAGCCAUCUACAUCUAGUGGUUUCUUUGGACGAUUCAAUCGUGCUUGUGGAGCUCUUCCAAGCAGUGUUUUUGAAGCUGAAAGGCCAGGAUGUAAAUUCUCAAUGAAACAGCGGAUUGCUACCUAUUUUUACAAGGGCAUAUUGUAUGGCUCAGUUGGAUUCGGGUGUGGUCUUAUUGGCCAAGGCAUUGCAAAUUUGAUCAUGACUGCUAAACGAAGCAUAAACAAAUCUGAUGAGGACAUUCCUGUGCCACCUCUAUUUCAAAGUGCUGCUCUUUGGGGUGUUUUUCUUGCGGUGUCUUCCAACACUCGCUAUCAAAUCCUAAAUGGGCUGGAGCAUCUGGUUGAAGCAUCUCCUUUGGCGAAGCGGGUCCCACCUGUUGCAAUGGCUUUUACUGUGGGAGUGCGAUUUGCCAAUAAUAUCUAUGGUGGAAUGCAAUUUGUGGAUUGGGCGAAAUGGAGUGGCGUGCAAAAGCAACAUCUCAACUCCACUAAGAGUUUUGGAUCUUCAACUCUUAUGAGCUUCCUCAGUCUCAUACUUUUAGUAGGCUAGAUAUACAAACUAUAUUUCAGAUUCUCAAGAACACGAUUAGAUUUUAGAUUGGUUAUGGUGGUUAUGCCUUUUUACAUAGGUUGUGUAUGGAAACAACCUCUAUGCACACGGAAGAAGGCUGUGCACCUGACAGACCAGAGCAGUGGAGGGAACUUGGUGCUCUGAGCUGUUGAGAAGUCGCCUCUGUUGCUAGCCUUCAUGUAUGACACAGGUGCAAAAGUGAAGAUGUGAGGUCCGGGUGAGUCCUUAAUAAAGCAUGCAUUUAUUGUUUAGGGGAUUGUUGUAUAUUAAUGGAAUUUGUUGUUUUUGAGAUAAAAUUUUUAA